GUUCCAAAACCCAUUAUCUGUUGAUGCCUAUCUUUUCUUUCGUCUUCAGGUCAAGGACUCUACUUCAGGCAUGAGCACCAACUUCACCGUUUCACUGUGCGUACUGAAUCAAUGGGCGCUUGACUUUGCCGGCAAUACUGAACGCAUUCUACGUAGUAUCGCAUUGUCCAAAGAGGCCGGUGCACGAUAUCGCCUCGGACCGGAACUGGAGUUGUGCGGUUAUGGCUGUGAGGACCAUUUUCACGAAUUAGAUACAUUUGAACAUUCUUGGGAGUGUCUGGCAAAAAUUAUCGAUGAAACAAAGAGAAAUCAUCAUAUGACUGACAUUAUUUGUGACAUCGGAAUGCCCGUGAUUCUAUCGGGCGUGGCUUAUAACUGUCGUGUUGUCAUUCUAAACGGACGUAUUCUUCUUAUUCGUCCGAAACUCGUACUCGCUGAUGGUGGACUUCAUCGAGAAACACGAUGGUUCACGGCGUGGCCUCAUCCUUUGCGUGUGAUUGAAUUUGCACUACCUUCCGUGGUGCGUAAGGUGGCCACAGACGCGCAGGCGACCACAGUCUUUGGAGACGCACUGUUGCAUUUCGUCAGCGAAUCCACGGAUGGUAACAUCCUAAUUGGACUUGAGAUAUGUGAAGAAUUGUGGAUCGGAUCACCACCACAUUUGAAGAUGUACGCCUCUGGUGUGGAUGUUGUCUUAAACGCCAGUGCUAGCCACCAUGAACUACGAAAACUUGACAGGCGAGUCAAUUUGGUUCAGAUGGCUAGUCGAUCCAGCGGAGGCGGACUAUACGCCUACACCAACCUGCGGGGUUGUGAUUCCGAACGGAUAUGUUAUGACGGUGGGGCAAUGGCAGCUGUUUCUGGGAAGCUGGUACUUCUUGGAAAGCAGUUUGGGUUGGAUGAAGUUGAAGUGAACACUGUAACUGUGGACUUGAAUGCGAUCCGAUCGAGACGGAUAGGAAACACAAGUUUCGGGCGCAACUCUGCAGCCAUGGCUGCUCUUGAUACAUGCUAUCACAGUAAAACGGGCUAUCCAGUAAUCGAGGUUAAUUUCUCCGCCUGCCAUAAGGUGCACUGGGCCAAGCAGAAUAUUUCUGACAAAACUAUUGAGUCUGCAAUCGUGGAACCCUUACUGCUCACACCAGAAGAGGAGAUAGCCAGAGGACCAUCGCUGUGGCUGUGGGAUAUAUUGCGGCGAAGCAAAUCUGCCGGGUUCUUUCUUUGUCUUAGUGGCGGAUUGGAUAGUGCCUCAGUGGCAUGUUUAGUUCUGUCACUUUGUAACGAGGUGUACAAGGCUAUUCACGAUGGGAAUGUUGAUGUUCUUCACAGCUACUGCCGUGUCACUGGCGAGUCCGAAGCGAACGUUCUCACUUUGACACCACGUGACAUUUGUUCCCGUCUGUUUUACACCUGUUACAUGCCUUCUGAAAACAGCUCUACUGAGACCGCGGAAAGAGCCAGUCGUUUAGCUGACGCCAUCGGUUCGCAUCAUUUGACGGGCAACAUAUCUGGCGUUGUUUCUAGUCUGCUCUCUUCAUCCAUGAAGUGUUUGCAAAUGACACACCCGCCGCGGUACGAAACUCAGAAUGGAUGCAGAACUGAGAGUCUGGCUUUGCAGAAUGUUCAAGCCAGAAGUCGUCUAGUCCUUGCUUAUCUUUUAUCGCAACUGUUGCCUUCACUACGCAACCUACCUGGUGGCCUUUUGGUGUUGAGUAGUGCUAAUCUGGAUGAGAGUCUUCGUGGCUACGCCACCAAGUACGAUUGUUCCAGUGCAGACCUGAAUCCGAUUGGAGGAAUCAGCAAAGCAGAUCUUCGCCGAUUUGUUCAUUACUGUAAACAGUCCUUAUCCGAGUGUUUGGACCCAGAGCACUGUGUGAUAUUUCGGCAAGUACUCCAAGAUAUCCUAUCGGCUCGCCCCACAGCCGAGUUAAUGCCACUGUCCGAGGACGGAGGUAUACAACAGACGGAUGAAGAAGACAUGGGCCUGACCUACAAUAUGUUAUCCUUGUUUGGCCGUCUGCGAAAGAUAGACAAAUGCGGACCGUACAGUAUGCUUCGCUGCCUUUUGGACGGAGCAUGGUGCACGAUCAAAAAGGACAUUCCUUCGGACUGCUUCAACGAAGAAGGUCGCGUUGGUCUCGGGCUUGCUCGGUUUCUUGCUGACAAAGUAAAACUGUUCUUCCAUGCAUACGGGUUAAACCGACACAAGGCCACGGUGCUCCCGCCAGCUUAUCACGCGGAAGCCUAUGGGGCAGACGACAACCGAUUCGAUCUCCGACCGCACUUAUAUCCAGUCGACUGGACGCACCAAUUCUCCUGUAUUGAGCGUCUGGUCAGCGAAUGGGAAACCCAACUCGCCAGCCAAAGUGCAAGUUCUCUGUGAGCAACAACAGGAAAUAAGAUGUAUCUAGUCCAAUCUGACUGUAGCUAUUUUCUAACCAAUUUCUAGCUAAUUUCUCGCGCCAGAAUCUGUGACUCGUUUCUUAUUUCAUCUAUACCUGUUCUGACGCACUUCUGGAGAAAUAUAUUUUCUUAAUUUUCC